GAGACUGGUCUUCCAGUCUUCCUUCAUAGAGAGAGCAGCUUGUAUUUGUAGUUUUGCAGCUAUUUGUUCUAAUCAGGCUCGAUUUCAGUGUGUUUUUGGUACAAAAGAACUGUAAACGGUUAUCCACUAAUCAUUCGCGAAGAGGAGAUAGAGUUUCUUGCUUGCAUCUGCAAAUUUUGUUUAAUAGAAAAAGACUUGAUUUGUGAGCUUUCAGUCUUGACAAAACUUUACCAUUUCUUCAUCAAAUGUGGUGAAGUUUGUUGAUUGGUCAGUGAGCUGUUAAGCGUGCAAUUUUCCUGGUCAAGGUGAUUCUCUAAGAUGACCAAACGAUUCCCAUCGUCAUUCUCCUGAAGAUUUUGAGUUGGAAUUCGUUUCUUUUAUCUAAUUAAAUUCCUUUCAAGCUUGGAGCUUUAUCGGAUAUCUUGUUCAGGUCAGAGAUUUGAAUACAUGGCUUGUUAUAAAAUGGAAACUCUUGAGAUGGGUUUUUGGAAUUCGAACAGAUUUUCUCCAUUUUCGUCUGAAUCGCAGGACUUGAAGACGUAGGUUCUUUAGCUUUUUCUAGGCUUCAAUGGAGAAACCGACAAUCGCUCUACUUUUGCUCUUCUUUUUUUGUUUUCCAACAGUGGAAUGCCAAGACCCCAAGCCACAGCCGCCGUCACCGUCGUAUUCUCGGUCGCACCGGUUCGACAAUGGUCCUAACAGGAUCGUUCUCAGUGUAAUCUUGGGAGCUUUAACUGGAUUUUCCGGAGCCAUUGUGUUCGCUCUUGCGGUCCGCUUCUUCAUCAGCUACAUGAACACAAUUCCAAUCCUCAAAGGCCCUGUCGUCUUCUCCCCUGAAAUCAACCGGAAGACCCUUCAAUCGGCUCUGUCAAACGAGACCCACCAACUGGGUUCGAGCCCAAAUGGGACAUACUACCGGACCCCUCUCGACAACGGGCUCACCGUUGCCGUCAAAAGGCUUGAACCCACCGUGGGUUGUUCACCAGAGACGCAGAGUAAAUCCGUCAAGAGGAAGAUACAACAGGAAUUGGAGAAGCUCGCAAGCUUGAACCACCCAAAUGUGAUGGUUCUCCAAGCCUACGUAAGCAAACCGGAGAGCUUUUACCUGGUCUAUGACUAUGUCCCCACUGGGAGUCUUGAGGACGCCAUGAACAGAGUUAGAGAGAACCAAUUGGAGCUCAGUUGGGAAGUGAGACUUCGAAUUGCAGUUGGGAUUAUCAAGGGGCUUCAGUAUCUUCACUGUACCUGUGUUCCACAGAUUCUUCAUUAUAAUCUGAAGCCUAGAAAUGUAAUUUUAUAUUCUGGGUUUGAGCCAAGAUUGGCUGAUUCUGGAUUGGGUUUAAUUAUGCCAAACUUGGAUAGGGCUUCAUCUGGGUAUGGUGCUCCUGAGUGCUUCCAAGAUUGCAGGUAUACUGAUAAGAGUGACGUCUUUAGCUUUGGGAUGAUAUUGGGUGUUUUGCUGACCGGUAGAGACCCCACCGAUCCGUUCUUCGGUGAAGCAGCGAGCGGGGGAAGUUUAGGGCAUUGGCUUCGGCAUUUGCAGCAAGCCGGGGAGGGAAGGGAAGCACUAGACAAGAGCAUUCUCGGGGAAGAACUGGAGGAAGAAGAAAUGCUGAUGGCAGUGAGGAUUGCCGUUGUCUGCCUGUCGGAUUUGCCCACCGAUAGGCCUUCCAGCGAUCAGCUUGUUCACAUGCUAACCCAACUUCACAGUUUUUGAAGGCAAGUGUGAGUGGAUUACAAGCAGCAUUAAUUUUAUUCGCAUUGGAGAAAUUGGAUCCAUUUUUUUUGGGGGGUAUUUAGUUGGAAUUGCAACACUUUUAUACAUACUACGAAGAGGUGAUGGAGUUCUGGUGACUCCUUGCACAUGAGUUGACGGCCCGAGUUUAGAGUUAUUCUAGUUGUCGGUUGAGUAUGUUGCGGGGAAAUCUCGAUUACCAAAAAAAAUCAUGGCGUUGUUUACAAUACUUCUCUCAAGUGGUGUUUAAUGUUGUCAAUCCUGCAAGAGAAGACUAGUGAAGGAGCUCACUACUAAGUACCAACUCAGAAGAAAGAGUAACUGAUGAGGACAAAUGUUGUGGGGCAAUUGCUGCAUUAUUGUGUUCUUCUCACCUCCCAACGGGCGUAGGGUUUCAGUGACUGUCCUUACUUGAACACAACUUUAUUGGAAUCACGGAUCCUUUUUUCCUUUUUCCAAUCAGGGAAUUAUAUUCCUUUGAUCUAAAUAGUGUGAUUUGAUCCGUAAUGUUUUAAAGCCUUCGUAUAGUUACAAGAUUGUAUAGGUUCGAGUGUUAUUCGUCAAACUCGCAUGUACAUAAGUUUCUCAUUUGAUGAUAAGGUAAAUUGAG